AUGGAUCUGCCCUUUUACCACGGGCCAAUAACCAAGCGAGACAGUGAGAAGCUCUUGCUCAAGGAUGGCAAAGAUGGCAACUUUCUGCUAAGGGACAGCGAGACCGUGGCUGGGGCCUAUUGCCUGUGUGUCUCGUUUGGAAAUCUCGUCUACACGUACCGAAUCUUCAGUCAAAAGCACGGGUACUUCAGCAUCGAGACCACGGAAGGCAUUCGGACGGAACUGUUCCCGAACCUCCCGGAGCUGAUAGCCAAAUACAAGCAGGCCAACCAGGGCAUGGUCACUCGGCUCCGCCAUCCGGUCCUGGUUGCGGUCCCGGUCCCGACCCCGGCCCCGGCCCCGGCCAACAACCCUUACCUCUUCUGGCGGCGCUCCAAGGUAGACCUGGAGGCCACGUUCGAGAACAAUGCGGACGAUUACGUGGAUGUUUUGCCCUGA